AUGGACUGCAUUCUAGCAUUUCUGUUCUUCGUGGUUGCUCUGCCCUCUGGAGUAUAUGCACAAGACACCUGCGCAGACGCGACGUUUCAGAACACCUACUUCAUCUAUGUUGUGAGCGCUGAAGUCAAGCCUACAGGGGAUGAGAAAACAGUGGUUCAGGGCUGCCGUUGGGCAUGGCACUUCGAAGGCGGCAAUCCGUUCGUACCCGACUUCACGAUGGCACAGAAGACAUUUCAUUGCGUAGAUGGCGUAUGGGAUAGUCCUCCAUAUGAGAAGUGCUUGAUGUUAUAUUCUGACAUUUUGGAGGUGCGGAAUAGCGGCGUACCUUAUCGCAACAUAACGAGGUGGGAAGGCGAAACACUCGUGCUUCCAUUCUAUAUAAACAAGCUGAUGUGGAUUGCCGACGGGCCUUGGGUUUUCAACGCUGCCGGCGAUGUACCCGCGCACUCAACAAUGUCUAAGAUUAAACGCUUCCCGGAGGAUAAGUUGUCACUCCAAUCAAAAUUUACAAUUCACCUCACCAAAGAGCAUACAGGGUACUACUACUACAAGGAUGUGGAAAACUACUAUUCGCCGACUAAAAAAAUCCUACAAAGACCAAGACACGAGUGGUUCUACAUCGAGGUGCUAAGCCCAAUAGACGGUGAGUGGGGCGACUGGACAUCGUGGACUGAAUGCACCGCCACGUGCGGAGAGAGCACACGGUACCGCGACCACGCCUGCGAUAACCCCUCCCCGAUGUACGGGGGCGAUGACUGCCAGGGACCCGCUAAUGUGACCGAGGCUUGCUCGUUGGAUCCCUGCCCGAUUCACGGCGGCUGGUCGGAGUUCGGAGAGUGGGGUGACUGCUCAGACACGUGUGGAGGUGGAGUAACAACUCACAGUAGGCUGUGUAAUAACCCUGUUCCGGAAUGGGGAGGAGAUGAUUGUGUAGGAGACGCUACUGAAGACGGGGAAUGUAAUACUAAUUUAUGUCCAAUUGAUGGUAACUGGGCCACUUGGGAGGCGUGGUCAACUUGUACCCACUCUUGUGGAGGCGGUACCAGGGACCACAGUCGCACGUGUACUGACCCAGCACCUGGGUACGGAGGGGUGGACUGUGAUGGCGUCAACUUUGAGGUUGGUGUGUGUGGAGAGAUAGAGUGCAAAGCUGAUGGAAAUUGGGCCCAGUGGACAGAAUGGACGCCAUGUUCCAAGUCAUGUGGCUUCGGAAACAGGACGAGAGAGCGGAGCUGCUCCGAUCCAGCGCCGUCCCACGGUGGCUUGGACUGCCCCGGGGUCGGCAUGGUUGAUAACUACUUCCAGAAAGAAGACUGCAUGGAAGUCUAUGACUGCCCGGUGGAUGGCAAUUGGACAAGUUGGACACCGUGGGGUAAUUGCACUCUGCACUGUGGUGGAGGUGAGAUAAUACGAUCUAGGGAGUGUACCAAUCCACCGCCUGAUUUCGGAGGUCGUUACUGUGAGGGUAAUGGAACCGAAGUCAUACCGAACUGCAACCCCGAGGAGUGUGGUGUGAACGGUGGAUGGACUGAGUGGACUCUAUGGACAACAUGCACCAAGACCUGUGGGAGUGGUUCCACGAUGAGGAAUCGAACCUGUACCAACCCAUCCACUACGUAUGGUGGCAUGGACUGCAAGGGGACUGGUGAUGAACUUAUUUUGUGCAACACUAAUCGCUGUUUGGAUGGCGCCUGGACCCCAUGGUCACCAUGGUCUGUCUGCUCAAAGAGCUGUCGAGGAGGAGUCCAGGCUAGGGCUAGAUCUUGCACUAACCCCAGACCAGGCUUAGGAGGAAGUGACUGUCCAGAUACUGACCAGGCUAGUAGCUACAGCCAGUGGCAACGAUGCAACGAACAACCUUGUCCAGUUCAUGGCUUGUGGUCAAGUUGGUCAGCAUGGUCAGAAUGUCCAGUGACCUGUGGAGGAGGGUACCGAAUCAUAGAGAGAAACUGUUCCCAACCGGAGCCUCAGUGGGGAGGUAAACAGUGCAGGGGAACUGGUGGAAGGACCUGGCGCUGUAACACCAAGGCCUGCCCAUUAUUUGGAGCUCCUGAGUUUGUCAAUUAUUUCCCGAGUGAGACCACAAUCAAUGUGACUUGGAGUGUACCUCUGGAGUAUGAAUGGCCGAUUCUUUAUUACAAUGUACACUACAGAUUAAGGUUGACUGCAAAUGAAAGUCCGAGUACAAUUCUCAAGUAUCCUUCCGAAGAGAGUCCAUACAUUAUCUACAACCUAACAUCGUUCAAGACUCUACCGACCAAAGACAACACCACACUCUCAAUGACUGUCCGUGGUCUGCCUGCGUACACUAAUUAUGAGCUGUGUCUAACAGCCAAGCAUGGGCACGGUGCAGCAAUGAGCGGUCACAGUGAAGUCAACAAAGUCAGAACAUUAAGACACGCUUUUCCAGCACCGCCUAGCCCAGUAACCAUUGAAUAUGCAGAUUACGCCAUGGAGCAUGAAUACAAGGUGUUGAUUCGUUGGUCAGAGGCGUUACUGCCCAGUUUCACAGCACCGACCAUGUACCACGUGAUGAUACGAGACAUUAGAACAACAAUUGAUAAGCCAUGGACAGUCCUGGAUGAAGUUCCUUCACAGAUCACAGGGCAUCUGGUUCGUGAAAGCUCCACAUACAACCUGCAUGACAAUGUGUACAUUGUUCAGGUAGUAGCCAGCAAUCCUUAUGGAUCUAGUACCCCGGCUGUAUGUAAGGAACUUGUGGACUAUCUAGCAGUCGAGGCAGAGGAAUAA